AUGAGAACUCACACGGGGGAGAAACCAUAUAAGUGCGAUAUCUGUGAUGCUACCUUCUGCGAUCGCUGUGAUGCUACCUUCUCCCGUCUGGAUAGUGUGAAGACACACCUGAGAACUCACAGUCAAGAGAAAAGAUAUAAGUGCAAGCGGUGUGAUGUUGCCUUUCCACAAUCGGGUACUCUGAAGACACACAUGAAAACCCACACGGGAGAGAAACCGUUUAAGUGCGAUCUGUGUGAUGCUACCUUUGCACAAUCGGCUCAUUUGAAGACACACAUGAGAACUCACACGGGAGAGAAACCGUACAAGUGCGAACUGUGUGAUGCUGCCUUCUCACAUUCGUGUUCUUUGAAGACACACAUGAGAACCCACACGGGAGAGAAACCGUACAAG